AUGGCAACUGUAGCUCAUACUAAGAACGUCGCCUUACUGACGUUCCUUUUUUUGUGUUUGGCCUGCCCGGUUGUAAUGGGAUUACGGGAACGAAAAUUAUCAGCAACCCUUUUAGACGGUUAUCCUGAUGACUUCGAAACAGAUCCAUUCAUCCGUGUUGGUAAAAAACUAUAUCAUUUCGGCCAAUCACAGGUAUCAUGGUUCAAAGCUAAUUUGAUCUGUCAGUCAAUGGGUGGCGUCUUAGCCUCAUUCGACAAUCCAGAGGAAAUCGAGGAACUUUCAGAACAUUUAAAAUCAAAUUAUCCCAAUGAUAGAUGGUGGUGGUUAUCAGGAUCUGAUUUACACUCUGAAGGCGAUUUUUAUUGGUACGGAACUGGCGAACGUAUGUUAUAUGCUGACUGGGCGGGUGUACAACCUGAUAAUGCCGGUGGCAAUGAGCAUUGUGUCCAUUUGUGGUACAAGGAACCUAAAUACCAAAUGAAUGACUGGAAGUGCAGAAUGAACGCAUUUUAUAUCUGCCAAACCAAGAAGCCAACGACAGUUGUGGUCAGCGUAUUCUAA